AUGUCUGGUCGUGGUAAAGGAGGUAAGGGUUUAGGAAAGGGAGGUGCCAAGCGUCAUCGUAAGGUUCUCCGUGAUAAUAUCCAAGGUAUCACAAAACCAGCCAUCCGUCGUCUUGCACGCAGAGGUGGUGUUAAGCGUAUUUCCGCCUUGAUCUACGAAGAAGUCAGAGGUGUAUUGAAAGCAUUCUUGGAAACCGUUAUCAAGGAUGCAGUUACCUACACUGAGUAUGCCAGACGUAAGACCGUUACUGCUAUGGAUGUAGUUCAUGCUCUUAAGAGACAAGGAAAGACUCUAUACGGUUUUGGGAAUUUGGACUGGAGGUUGCUUUUUAACAGGGUGAUCAUCAGGCCUUAUGUUUUUGGACAGGCGUUACUAGACGCCACAAGUAGUUAUAGUGGUCUUUGGCCCGGUAGCAUUAGUUACUGCUUAAUUAUAUUAUAG